UAAUGAAAUAAAACAAAAUAUAUUUAACUUUAUUUCUAUAUACUGAUUUUAUAUGAUGUAACAUAUUAAUUCGAUUUGAUAUGGUCGUUGCAUAACGCUAGGAAAAAAAAGCAGUCUUUUUUGUAAAAAAUGUUUCAACGAGAUGACAUUGAAGAACAGCUGCUGUAUUUGAAAGACUUUCAACCCAAGGAAACUAACCUGACUAUACUAAAUACAAUUUUAGAAGAUAUUGCAAAAACUGGACAGUAUAUAUUUCCAUGGCACUACUUAAAGCGUUUGUAUUUAUGGAAACUUCAAAAAGUUAUGUCAGAUUUUCUUGAAACAAAUCAGAGCUUAAAUUCUGCUAAUAAGGAAGAGAACUUGAAUGAACUUAAAGCUAUUAAAGGCAAACUUCUUGAAACAUUUGAUCGCUUUUUAAGUGCUCCAUUUACAUUACAAAGACUUACAGAACUUCUUCUCAAUCCUCAAAAGCAUUACAAAAGUACUUUAAAAUACUUUAGAGCUUUAGAAAAGAAUAUAUUUGUUCAAACCACAAUAGAGCCUGUUUCUGCUGAAGAAGCAGGAAUUAAAUCUCUCAGCCAUUCAUUUUAUGAUAUUGGAAAUCUCUGUGUUAAUGGCUUUGCUAAUGCUCAACAAUCUGAAGCUAUUAAUAAGUCAAAAACUAUUGAAUAUCAAACGCCAAGUGAUACGGUUUGCACUUUCGAUGAGUCAAAUAAAAUAUUAAAUCCAAAGACAGAGUUUCAAAAUGAUAACUUGUUAAUUGAAAACAAUUCAAAUUCUGAAAGUUGUAAAAUACAAAACCAUGACAGUAGUUUAUCAACUAAUGAUAAAACAUUUGAUGAGAAGCUGGAUAAAAACUCUACCCUUAUAAUAGCUGAAAAUAGUGCUUUAAAUGAGUCCGAUGCAAUCAAUUUAGAAGCAACAGAGCAAAUGAUUACAGAUAAAGAAGAAAAAGCAUCAGAAAAUGAAAAAGAUUAGUUACAUAACACUUUGUUGUGCUAUCCAACAAAAACAUAGUUGACAUUAUUUAUAAACUCAGAAAGUGGUGGUUAAACACCAAUAUGGUAACCAUGAUCAUGGUAACCAUUAACAUAUUGUAUAAUAAUCAAUAAAAUUCUUAUUACUUUA